AUGCUUCGAAGAAUUUCGUCCGACUCGGUGAAAAUCAACCGAUAUCUCGGUCUGGUGACCAAACAGCAGCUUGCCCGGGCCACUGUCGUCGCCACGACUCACACCAUUGCUACUCGACGUUUCCACACGCGACCUGUCGUGUAUCAGACCAAGGAUGCUGAUGCCAAGGAGACCAAGGCCAAUCUGGAAAAGAACACCAAGGCCACUUCUGCUGAGCAGAAGAGCGACGUGAAGGCUCCUGCUGCUGCUGCUGCUCCUGCUGACGGAGCCGUGGCCAAGAAGGAGGAAAAGACCCCCAAAACCUGGAAGGAGACCAUCAAGGAGGCUGCACGACACUACUGGGACGGAACCAAGCUGCUUGGCUUUGAAAUCAAGGUGUCCUCCAAGCUCGCCAUGAAGCUGGCUGCCGGCUACGAACUGACCCGACGAGAAAAGCGACAGCUCAAGCGAACCACCCAGGACAUUGUCCGAGUUGUUCCCUUCGCCAUGUUCCUCAUUAUCCCCUUUGCUGAACUGCUGCUCCCUGUCGCCCUUAAGCUCUUCCCCGGUCUGCUCCCCUCCACUUACAUGUCUUCCAACGAUAUCGAGAAGCGAGCCCGAAGCCUGCGAAAGACCCGAGGUUCCGUUUCUUCUUUCCUCAAGGACACUGUCAACGAGUCUGGUCUUACUGCCCCCACUUCCAUCACUCCCGAACAGCGACAGCAGUUCGUCGAGUUCUUCGACAAGGUCCGAGCCCAUGGAGAGAAGCCCUCUCGAGAACUGCUCAUUUCCGUUGCUCAAAUGUUCAAGGAUGAUCUGGUCCUCGAUAACCUGUCCCGACCCCAGCUUGUGGCUAUGGCCAAGUACAUGAACCUGCAGCACUUUGGAACUAACCUGAUGCUGCGAUACUCCAUUCGAUACAAGAUGCGACAGAUUAAGAUUGACGAUCGAGCCAUCUACGCCGAGGGAGUCGACUCUCUGUCUCUCACUGAGCUUCAGAUCGCCUGUGCCUCUCGAGGUAUCAAGACUCAUGCUUUGUCCAAGGCCCGACUUGCGGAGGAUCUCAACAACUGGCUGGAGUUGCGUCUGAGACAGAAGGUGCCCUCCACCCUGCUCAUUCUAUCGUCUGCCUUCACCUACGGAGAGGCUGAUGAUCUCAACUCCCAUUACGACGCUCUGGAGGCCGUUCUGUCUGCCAUCCCCGAGGAGCUGUUCCACGAGGCCGAUCUCGAGUAUGCCCAUGCUACCGACCAGGCUACUAACAAGCAGCGUCUGGAGGUUGUUCGAGAACAGCAGGAGCUGAUCCAGGAGGAAAACCAGCAGGAGGAGGAGUCUGGACAUAUCAUCCAGGUCAAGGAUGACCUCAACCUCGACGAGGAAGAGGCCAAGAAGGAGGAGGCUCGAGGAGAGGCCCAGCGAGCCGAGACCGAGCGAGCAAAGGAAUUCUUUGAAAUGUCUCCCCCCGAUGUCAAGGAGGCCGCCAAGAAGACUGACAGCAAGGCUUAA